CGUCGAUUGGUCCGUGACGUCACAAAACAAUUGUUUUUCCCCAACUAAAUGAAUCACCAGACAAAAUUUCAUUGUUUUCAUUAGAGAAUCGGCUGCCCAGCUAGGUUAAUUAACUCGCUAAAAUGUUCUCCAGCGGCCCCAACUACAAUAAACUGAAGACAAAUCUUCGAUUGUCUCUGAAUCGCCUAAAAUUGCUCGAAAAGAAGAAGGCGGAGCUGACGCAGAAGUCCCGGAAAGAAAUCGCAGAUUAUCUGUCUGCGGGAAAAAUCGAAAGAGCAAGAAUCCGAGUGGAACACAUUAUCAGGGAGGACUACUUGGUGGAGGCCAUGGAAAUGGUGGAGAUGUACUGCGACUUGUUGCUGGCCAGAUUCGGGCUCAUCACCCAAAUGAAGGAACUGGACGUAGGCAUAGCGGAGCCCGUGGCCAGUCUGGUGUGGGUCUGUCCUCGACUGCAGAGCGAUAUAGCGGAGCUGAAGAUCAUCUCUGACAUUUUUGUGGCCAAGUACGGACCGCAGUUCGGAGAGAACAAUCGCAACGCUACUGGAGAGCAUCAUGUGUCCGAGAAGCUGAUGCACAAGCUAACGCUGCAGGCGCCACCGAAGCUGCUGGUGGAGAACUACCUUAUUGCCAUUGCCAAGAACUACAACAUCGAGUACGAGCCCGAUCCACAGGUGAUGCAGGAGGAAGAUCCCAAUCUGCCGCACUUGAUCGAUCUGUCGGAUAGGAACAACCUCAGUGGAGGAGGAGGAGGUGGGGCCGCCCCGCCCCAAAUGGGCUUUAUCGGUUAUCCGUCGGUGCCCCCACUGCCCAGCAUGCCGAUACCACCAACCAAUAAGCCCUUCAAUUACCCAUCAUUCGGUGGGGGUGCUGGAGGUGGAGGUGGUGCCGCUUGCGCUGCACCACCACAAGCGCCGCCACCAUUUGCCUACAAUAUUCCGCCCAACCAGCCGCCGAAUCUAAACGUGCUACCGGCGAAAUGUGCCGAGGAAAAGGAUCUGAACACCAACUUUAUCAAUCACGAAUUGAACAUUACGGAUGGCUCCGGCAGCCCGGAUGAGAACAUAUUGGUCAGGAUCCGGGAUAUUAACCCAAUCCAGCAAUCCAAUCUAAAGCACCCGAAACCUCAAUGCCAAUCACUUUUUCUGAUAUUUCGUUAAUCUGACAAAAUUCACUUGUUAAUUUCAAUUUAUUAGUUAAUGCUAAUCAGAAAAAAAUUGGUCCAUAAGAUAAUUUAUAUGUGAAUCAAAUUAAUUUCUCUUUUUCCCCCAAUUUAGAAUGCCAACAAACCGAAACCUCAACCACGAUCCAAGCUACCACCGGGUAAUCCCACUCCGCCCAGUGCUCCGCCAGCGCUUGAUUUCCCAUCGCUGCCCAACGUACCCAACGACUUGCCCGAUUUGCCGGACAUACCGCCCACAGGACCAGCCAAAAAGGACGAUGACGACGAGAUCGACUUCGAUGAGCUAUCGCGGCGCUUUGAGAACCUCAAGAAGCGGAAGUAAAGCUGGGCAGCAGAUUUAUAUUUUGUAAUUUUUCAGUAUAUAUUGUUAUAAUCUCGGUCCUGUUCUAUUUGAAUAAUCCUGUAAUCUGGUAGAAUAAGUAAACAAUUUGUUCAGCCCUUGAAUUUAAA